AUGGCCUUCAAGGCAGUGGUGUUGGUCGGCGGUCCGCAGAAAGGGUUGUCCCCUCAGUUUGUAAAUGCUAGGUGUGUCUUUGUGAAAUGUAAGCAUUGUGGGGAUUUGGAAGAUGAGUUGCAUUCAGGAACUCGAUUCCGUCCUCUCUCUCUUCAGUUGCCCAAACCUCUUUUUCCAAUCGCUGGCGUUCCACUUGUGGAACACCAUAUUGAUCAACUUUCUCAGCUUCCUGGACUCUCUGAAAUUAUUUUGAUUGGUUCUUAUUCUUCCGAUCUUUUCACGGAUUUUAUUGACAGAUGUCAGCAGACUUACCGUAUUUCAAUAAAAUAUGCUCAGGAACAGCAACCUUUAGGUACUGCUGGCGGUUUGGUGGCACACAAGGACACCAUUAUCGGGGAUUCACCUGAAGGGUUAUUUGUUAUCAAUGGUGAUGUAUGUGGAGACCUUCCUGUGGAUGAAAUGGUCACGCGUAUUGCUUCCUUACCCAGUGACAGCUGUCUGCUCCUGACAACGGAGGCUACUCGAGAGCAAAGUGGAAAUUUUGGAAAUGUUAGUAGUAAUCGACAGCAAUGGCCGUGUUGUGCAUUACGUGGACAAGCCCACGACAUUUGUUUCAACUCAUAUUUCUUGUGGAGUUUAUUUAAUGAAACCAAGCGUCAUCAUGGGACUGAAAGUCGAACCCGCAUGUAUUUAUGGUUCGAGACAGACAUUUUUCCUCAAAUGGCAUGUAACGGAAAACUUUUUGCUUUGCAUACUACUCGUUGGUGGAGUCAGACGAAGACCGCAGCAGCAGUGUUAUAUGCGAAUCGGCAUUAUCUUCGUCUAUUCAAGAAGAGAUACGCAGCUCGUUUAUGCAAGGAUCGCGCCCAGAUUGUUGGUGAUGUGUUCAUCGAUCCAAGUGCCGAGGUACACAAAUCUGCUAAGAUUGGGCCUAAUGUUAGUAUUGGUCCAAAUGCGAAGAUAGGAAAGGGUGUAAGAAUCAAGGAAUCGAUAAUCCUCGCCGAUGCAGUAAUAAACGAGCAUGCAUGUGUUUUGCAUUCUGUUAUUGGGUGGCGUUCAGUGGUUGGAGCAUGGUCUCGAGUGGAAGGCAUUCCAAUUGCACCAAAUCCGAAUUUACCAUUCGCCAAGCUCGAGAACAAACCUUUGUUCUUGUCGGACGGACGUCUCAAUCCAUCGCUUACGAUUUUGGGAUCUGAUGUGUCGAUCGCUCCCGAGACUAUCGUGUUGAACUGCGUCGUUUUGCCGUAUAAGGAGCUUUCCUGUAGUUAUAAGAAUCAGAUUAUUCUAUAG